CCCAGACACUUUUCCUUUCCUGCUCUCUCCUCUAGGGAGUUUGCUUCUUUCUCCAAACAAGUGGGUGGGGUGCAGGGGUGAACCCUUCCUGGAAUCUUGCCAGAACUGUCCCUUGUGAGCAGGAAGGGAAUGAGGAGUUGGCCUCUCAAUGUCUGAAAAGUCUUUAGUUUGCCCAACUCCUGCAGUUGCCUUAAUCCUUGUGCAGAACAGCCUCAAUUACACAGAAACAGAGCACGGGAUAUUUCUCUCUGGGAUCUCUAAUGCUUUAAGGAUUAUGCUCAUCUACACCACUGGACCCUGACAUGAACGCUUAGGAUUAUUUUAAGGGCUUUAUUCUUCCAUUCGUGACCCAUUUUCCCUUAUAAAUCCACAAAUCGUUUCAUUCUCAUCAUCCUCCACUCCCCCCACCCCCCAGCCUUGCCUGUCGCACAAUCUGUCAGAGCCCUAACGUUUCCUCUCUCUUCUCUGUGCUGGUGAAGGGGCUUUUCCUAUCUGCCUGAAGAACAGAUCAGAGGACUCCGGGACUCUCAGUAAGGAAAAUCGUUGGGAAGAGGAAAGAGCGACUUCUUUCAACAUUCAAGGGAAACCUUUCUGUUUAUGUUAGCCGGACCCUGCAGGCUUAAAAACCAUGAUCAUAGGGAGAAGAAGUCUGCUGUGAGGGAGCACAUAAGCGCAAGCAAUAAAAUCAAGGCUUCCACUUUAAAGAAAACAUGUACUGGACAGAAUUAACUGGGAGUAUUAAUCGAGGUGGAGCGAUGCCCGCGUUGCUUCGACCGCCUGCUGCCAUGAUGCAGCGCCAUCUGGAUAUCAAGCCCUUCCUCUCAUUUCCAUUGGAGCCACAGCCGGCUAUGGGACUUUUCCCUGGCUUCAGCACGAUGGACCAAAUGCAGAAGGCCGUUAUAAGCCCUAGUUUUGGGGUACCGAUUAUCAAGACGAAGAGACCAGUGAUUUCCUGCAAUGUUUGUCAGAUCCGCUUUAAUUCCGAGAGCCAGGCAGAGGCACAUUACAAGGGGAAUCGACAUGCUCGCAGGGUGAAAGGGAUUGAGAAUGCAAAGACCAGACAGAAAGAAGGUGGCCAAGAUAGUGACAGAACUACCCCUAUGAUCAGUCCUACCCCCAGCGCCAGCGAGAGCGACUCUGACAUCAAAGACCAACAGGUUGCAGAUGGAGUUGAUUUGCCAACUGCUGACAGCCCUGAAGCCAUAGCAACAAUGCUCAUCCAUGAGAAUAUUACCCCAGCAGCACCUUCCUUUUCAUCAUCUGAAGCCAACAGAAGCGAUAUAAAGUCCCUUUCAUCAUCAGCUCCUGCUAGCAAUGAAACAAGCACAUCUACGUCCGAAAGCGACGAUGACAGAGCCAAAAAGCUUCUGUACUGUGCCCUCUGCAAGAUCUCUGUAAACUCCCUUUCACAGCUGGAAGCCCAUAACAAAGGUACAAAGCACAAGACUAUUUUAGAGGCUCGAAGUGGCCUGGGUCCAAUCAAAGCCUACCCUCGACUGGGAGGCUUGAACACUGCGUCCACUGGCCCUUCGGAUUCUUCCAACCAAGAAAGAACAUUUCACUGUGAGAUCUGUAAUGUACGGGUCACGUCUGAAGCCCAGCUCAAGCAGCACAUCUCAAGUCGCAGACAUCGUGAUGGUGUGUCCGGCAAACCUAACCCAUUACUGAGCCGACAUAAGAAGCAACAAAGUCUGCAAGAGCUCACAGCCGGUUUGGUGUUUCACAAGGACUUUUCCAAAUCCAUAUCUGGGCUUCUUCCCAAUCCUUUGGCAGUUGCAAUGGCAGCUGCUGCUGUUUCCUCUCCACUAAGCUUACGGCCGGCCCCAACUCCUCCUCUUCUUCAGGCUCCUCCUCUCACUCACCACCUACUCCGACCAGCUCCUGGGCCCAUCAGAACUGCACAUGGAACUAUCCUCUUCUCCCCUUAUUAAGGAGACACCUAUACCCUCAAACCACGUAUCCACUGGAACCCACGCCUGCACACUGAACUAGAGCAGGACAUGGUUAGCGGCCCCAAGCUUAGCCUCAACCUUUCCCUAGAGUUAUAUAGUAACUGGAACACCUUUCCAAUGCAUGGAUACUGCUCUUCCCAGGACACAUGCAACACUGCGGCAGGAAGGGGACUUGGGAUAUCAAGCAAUAGGCUGGGGAAAAUGAGCCUAUAAUUCAUGAGAUUCAUUGCUCUUUGGAUGAAUCUGACAAUAGAUUAAUAAUAUACAGAUACUUUUAGAUUCUAAUAAAUGGCUCAGGGUAUGUAUGGGUAUAUGUACAUAAACCUUGUACUACAGAGGUGACUGUGCGAGCCACCGAUGUAUGGCGUCGUAUGUAUAAGAAAUUAAAUGUCAGGGGGGAGAUUUCAGUUUGCUGCUUUUGUGCCCUAUUGUUCAGUGGUAUUUUGAAUGAGAGAAAAGGCCAAUGUCUUUGGUAAAGAAAGCUCAGAAAAGCCACAAAGUUAACAAUAAUGCUGACCAUUUGGCAUUUCCUCCUCUUUUAUUGAAGAGUUAAAUUAACAAUACAUUACAAUUCUUCCCUUCAGCCCCUAGCUGAAAUAUAGUAUUGAUUCAGGCAUGCCACAUUUUCACCUAAACUUCAGAGAUGGUGGAACAAUUAAGUCCCCACCAUUAAAUAUAACAUUUUGGCUGUAGGUUAAAUUAGCGCUCUGGCUUACCAUCGGCAAGAAAGAGAAUCACCCUAUGUCCUUCAUUAUAUUCAAUUAAUAUAGGUAUCCUGCUCCAAAAGCAAUAAAAAAAACUUGAGGGUGGUACUUUUUAGAUAGCAAUAGGGGGCAAAUUGUAGCCUUUCAUCCUUACAGACUGCAUUGGUAGAGCUACAUUGUCUCUCAAACUAUACAAAUAAACCAUACAAAUAAGACACAGGCUGUAGCUACUAAUGGCUCAUCAAGGAGAACCCUAAUUAGGUUGCUUAUUGCAGUGAAAAAGACAGAGAAAGCUUGUGAACCCCCUAUAAAAACAUCUUUGUUGCUGGUUUGCUUCUAAUUGGAGAUAAGUCUGUCUGGGCAAGAAGUAGUGUAUAAUCCAAGAAACCUUGCACCUCUUCUUUCUAUGUUACAACAAUACAAAAACUGGCAUUCUGUUCUACCCACACUUGUUAGCUUGCCCUUCCAGCAGGACUGAUACUGCCUUAAUGUGUGGCAGACAUCAUUGGCAACUGAGCUCACACUUAAAUAUUACAAGGGCCCACAGAGCAUAUUAUAACCCUGUUGUGCCCAGCAUGUUUGUACAGUGCAGCACAUGAACCAUGUUGGAAGCUCCUCACUUGCACAGAUGGUUUGACUAUGAGAAAAUAAGGCCUGUGUACUCUGACAAUCGGUUUAUUUAUUUACUAGAAUUUUGUUUUUUCCUUUGUGAAGACUUCUAUGCAAGUGUUACUGUGAUGCAUAUAUAUUUGUUUAGUUUCCAUUUACAAAUAGGCUUCUAUGGCACAGCGGCUCUCACCCACUGGGUCAUUAAGUGUAUGUUAAUGUCUGUUUAGGGCAGGGAAAGGCGGACUCUGAAUCUCCAACUGUUGGAAGGGUGAUGCAGGACAGAAAAUAAUUGGAGAGUCACAGGAUGCUCCCUGAUUUAUGCAAUAAGGGUGCUUGCACUCUGAACAUAAUAUUAAUGAUAAAAAAAAGUAAAAUGUUACAGAUUCUGGCUGCUCUAUUAAACUUACCUUAAGGAAAAUAAAAGAGCACUAUGGAAUUUAUGGUUCUGAUUUUAAUGACGGAAACAGGUCACCAUAUUAGCACAUCAAGGAAGUGGAGUGUUGGGUUCAGGUGCAACCUUAUUAAUGUUUGGAAAGCAAUAAACACUAUUAUCUUAAAUUGUCUCCACUGAAAUUAGAGUGACUAUAAUGUGGAUUCUGGGCCUAAUUUGUGAAGUCCCAAAUCAUCCAAUGAGCAAUUCACUUUACUGAGUGCUGAGCACCUGUGAUUUUUGUUUUCAUUUGCAUCUACAGAUGGAGAACAAUGUAUUUAGAGUUCUGGUGCAUACUAUGGACAUGCUAUUGACACUAUGGAAAUGAAAGUGCAAGCCUAAUGAGAAAAUAUACCGUACGCCCUCUGUAUGUGAGAAAAUUAUCCCUAAGGUCCUUAGAGCAUUCAAAAAGGCAAUGAAAACUGAAAAAAUUAGGAAUAUAAUGCAAAUAUAAUAAGAGAGUUCAUGGUGAUUCUGGGAGUUUUAUCUGAGGCAUACAUAGAGAGCUGAAUUAAGUGGAUUAAGAAAUAAGUAUAUCCAGAAAAAUAUCCAGAAUUUAACAACCUGGUGACUAGAAUAGUAAUGUGUGACCUUUGGGGAAGUAGAUGUUGCUCAACUGCAGCUCUUAGCAUCUCCCAAUGGUCUCUGGCUCUCAGUGGAAUGCUGAAAAUGAUAGUUCAAACCACAUCUGAAAAGUCCAUAGGUUGCCUAUGCUGAAGAACCCGAGAAACAUGAUAGAAGUGGUAUCUUCACACCCUUUGCUCAUAUGUUUUUUGUAUUAUUAUUUUAUACUUUUUGCCUGUAUGUGGCUGGUAAAGCCAAUAAGAUUUGGCCAUGUGUCUGCUUUUCUUUCCUCUUUUCAAAAGGCUGCUGUGUGGGGCAAAAAAAUUGUCUUAAUGUUGAGGACCAAUGUGAGAAUGCUGAACCUGCUCUUCCCAACUAGGGUUGAACUAUACCUGCCAGUAUGGGCCUUGCAACUUGUUUAGGGUCCAGAGCAAAUACUCCUUCGGUCUUGGCUGGGAGCUGUAGCCAGAGAUGAACAAUUCAGAGGUCACUUGCCAGUCCAUCAUGGCCACACUCAAGCCCAGGGCUCUCUGCUCACAACAGAACAUUUCCCCCAGCCACAGAGAUGGAAAAACGUUGUCUUACCCAGAGACACGAAAACUUGCAUUAGCUGAAACUGCAAUAAGCUUUAAGUGCUAGUGCUGGCACAAUACAGGCACUCAGGAGCUACUUCUGGCAAUCAGUAAUGAUUUAAGGAAUAGUUUGCUACCUGUAAGAAACAUUACUGGAAAAGCAUGGGGGGUAAGAUUUCUAAGGGCAACUUGGCAUGAGAGAGGAAAGCUGGAUGCCACUUUGCUUCAUAUUAUACAACUUAUUGGGCGUACAUGUUACUUUUAAUAUUCAUCUACUAUAAGUGAACUAAGGAAUUGAUUUCACGUUGUCCGCUGUAAAACCCGACUACAACUGAGAUAUGUAUAAUGGGACCACAGGAUGGGAUACUCUAUGCAGUUUUCUACAAUUUCCUCCUCGGUUUGCACUAAGGACACAUGGAAAAACCUGGAACUGCAAAUAUACAGCCCAAAAGAAAUAUUGUAGAGCGUGUGAUUUCAGGGUAUAAUCUAACUGUCUGUCCCAUGCCAGUUCAACCCUUAGUACAUCUUGCCUUACUAAUAAUAAUGAAGGACUUACACUGAUUGUGUUCCAUCGGCACCCAUUCACCAUGGCUACUGUUUCAUACCACACUGCAGGCUCCUGGAGUCCAGACAUCUUAAUGUCAAACCUAAAUAAAACAUGUCUUCCUUUU